AUGGGCAACAAGGACGAUGUCAACGAGGCGCCUGAGGUGGUGGAAGACGCAGGCCACACGAAGCAGCAGACCAACUACGCCUUGGUCGACCGAGAAGUUGCCCAAUAUGCCAGCGAAGGCAUCGUCGAGAUCGACGAAGCGACCAACAAAAGGUUGAAGAGGAUGAUUGACAAGAGGGUCUUGGCUGUAAUGAUCUUCACAUACUUCAUGCAGUCUUUGGAUAAGGGAACGAUGUCGUUCGCGUCCAUCAUGGGCAUCAUCGACGACACAAACUUGAAGGGGCAAGAGUACGCCUGGUUGACAACAAUCAUCUACAUCGUCAUCCUUUGUGUAGAAUACCCGGAAAACUACAUCAUUCAAAAGAUUCCGAUUGCAAAGUGGCUUGCUUUCAACAUCAUCAUGUGGGGAGUAACUCUCAGUCUACACGCAGCCUGUCACAAUUUCGUCGGUCUUGUGAUCGUCCGCGGCUUUUUGGGCGCGUUUGAGGCCGUCUGUCAACCCAGUUUCGUGCUGUUGACGUCCAUGUGGUACAAGCGUGAAGAGCAGGCUACCACCGCAAUCCUUUGGUACAUGAUGAACGGUCUUCAACAAAUCAUUGGCGGACUUCUGGCUUUCGCCUUCUCCUUCAUCUCACACUCCUCGCCGAUCAAGUCGUGGCAAGCGCUGUUCAUGAGUUAUGGUAUCAUCACUGUUUUCUGGGGCCUCUUUGUCCUGUGGUGGAUGCCUGACUCGCCCAUGAAGGCGCACUGCUUCAGCGAGGAGGAUAAGAAGCUCAUGGUAGAGCGGGUUCGUUCUAACCGGACCGGUCUUCAGAACCGCAAAUACCGCAAGGAGCAGGUCUGGGAGGCUUUCAAGGAUCCCCAAGUCUAUGGAUUCGCUUUGAUUCAGCUGCUCACCACUCUUCCCUCCGGCGGAUUGGGUGCGUUUGCCAACAUUAUCAUCAAGAGCUUCGGCUACACGACCUGGCAGACUCAGCUUCUCCAGAGCGUAACGGGCAUCCUGCAGAUCAUCACGAUGGUAACGGCCGCUUGGAUCGACCGACGCUACAAGCAGACAAUCCUCGCCAUGAUGGCCGCCGUUGCCCCCACCAUCGCCGGCACUGUCGUCCUCCUCACGGUCCCGUUCGAACCCAGCAAGAAGGUCGGCCUGCUGUUCGCCUACUACAUCAUGAUCUCCUUCUGGGCCUGUAGCGGUCUGGCUCUUUCGCUCGUAACGCGUAACGUCGCCGGCCAAACCAAGAAGGGCGUCGUCAUUACGAGUAACUUCGUUUUCUGGGCUGCUGGCAACUCAAUCGGGCCUCAGGUCUUCCGCUCGCAAGAUGCGCCUCGCUACUUUCUGGCCCUGGCUAUUAUCAUUGGCUGCUUUUCUCUGCUAGAAGUCACGUUGUUUGCCUUGCGUACGUACUACGUAUGGCAGAAUAAGUCUCGCGAGGCCAAGAUCGCGCGAGGAGAGGCUGUUGCAGAUAUUUCCCAUGCGCAUGCUUUUGAGGAUAUCACCGACAAGGAAAACGUCAACUUCAGAUACAACUACUAG